UCUCUCUCUCUAAAUCCAAAACCUCCCAGGAUCUCUCUCUUUCUCUCAUUCUCUGCACCUCUCUCUCUCUCUCUCUCUCUCUCUCUCUCUGAAGAUGGGGGUGGUGAUCGAGACCGAUUUCUGGGAACCCAACACCAUCUCCUAUCUCUUCCUCUUCUUGUUUUGUCUGUCUUCCCUCCUUCUUCUCCCUUACUUCAAAACGGCCUCCACCAGAAUCAUACCAGUAUUCGAUCGCCGUCGCAUGUUGCCGACGGCAUCCCCAUCUGUGCCAUUCCUACAUUUCCAGAUCUGGUUCUUGCUUGUCUACUUUCUUUGUUCAGUAAUUGAAGGGCUCGAAUACAUGUUUGGACAGUUUGAGUAUGAUCAUUAUGGUCUUAGCAGGGAGUGGAUGGUUGUGGCUCUCACACUGGGAUGCGCUGCUUCUCUCCUUGUUGGUACUUUCUUAGGUGUACUUUCCGAUGUCAUAGGUCAUAGGAAGGCCUGUAUGCUCUUUUGCAUCCUCCACAUUUUCACGGGUGUCUUGAAGAGUGUGACCAACCACCAAAGUAUUUGGGUAGCGAGCAUUUGUUUGGGCCUUGCCUCUUCCAUAUCAUCAUGCAGCUUCGAAACAUGGAUGGUAGCUGAACAUGAGAAGCUGGGUCAUAGGAAGGAGUUACUAAGUGAAACUCUUUGGUUAAUGACGUUUUUUGGUGCUGGGUCUGUUGUUGCAAGCCUAGUCCUUACAAAUUCACUGGCUAGUUGGAGUGCUGGAAAGGGGAUUGUUCUUCCCUCAACUGCAGCUGCUAUUUUGGCGAUGAUUUGCAUUGCUUAUAUUAGUAGAGAAUGGAAUGGAAGUCCUCCAACUUCUGGCAUCAGGGGUUAUAAGAUGUCUUUUUCAGCAUAUAUCCUCAGUGAUAAAAGGAUAUGGCUAUUAGCAUGGGUGCAAGCGUGCCUCCACUUUUCUGUGGCCAUCUUUUGGAUUUUGUGGUCACCAACUAUAGUGGCUGAUGGGCGAGAGGUGCAUCUGGAGAUGAUAUACCCAUGUUUAAUGGGCGCAAGUAUGCUUGGCAGCACAGCAGUUCCAUGGUUAAUUGGCGGGCCAUUGUCGGUUGCCAUGGAGGAUUUUUUGAUGGGAGCAUUCGCCAUUGCUGGCUUGGUUUUGUCGAUAGUAGCUUUUGAUUAUCAGGAGAUUGGGGUUCUCGUGACACUCUUCUGCAUCUUUCAUGCCUGCGUUGGCCUAAUUUCACCUUCACUUGCAAUAUUGAGGACAACGUUUGUGCCUAUUGAGUUGCGUGCGGGGAUGAUAAGCCUAUCCCAUGCACCUGCAAAUGCAGCAAUUUUGUUUGUUUUGAUUGAGGGCGGCUAUCAUUGUAGUCUUGGAAAUGCAACAAUUUGGGCACUCUCUACAUUUGGGCUGCUAACCUCAGCAGGUUGUAUGCAUGUAUUGAAACGCUGGAGAAAGCAAACUCAAAAGGACCCUCACAGUUUCUAAGUUUCACACAAUCUUACUGAAAUUAGCUUGGAAGUCCUGCAGCGAGAAGGAUUGAUUCAGAUGGAAAUUUCAAGCCGUUGAAUCAGCUGAGAAGUCAAGACUUCUCUUGUCCAAUCCUUUUAUUGGGGAAUAUCGGUCCAUAUGAGCUGAAAUUCAAGCCAUCAAAUCCUGGGCCAUUAAUCGCUGAAGGGGGUUCAAUUAAUCGAUCUGGUGGGCAUCUGGGAAUUCUUUGACAUCCUUGGAUUCAUUCAUUCAUUCAUCAUGUUUUGACUUUUGAGACUGCGAGUUGGAAGGCGGAUCUUGAUGAAUAUUGUAACGAAUUCUCAUUAUUGAAAGAAUUCACUACUCAUGGAAAUGGGGAAUUUGCAGUUUCUGAUUC